UGUACCUAACUUACGCAGUUAUACAUUAAAGACCAAUAAAAUCAUUAAUAACAAUACUAUCAUAGCUAUAGAACUGUAGGAAAAAAUAGAAAAGGCACUAUCUACAGUUAUGAUGUCCUUAAAAAAAUACAAGAAGUAAUAUCCAUAUAUUAUUAUAAUUUACUUAUAACUAAGACGACUGUUGUUGUUUUGGGAACUGCUGGAAAUGAGUGACAAGAGUCAUGGAUUAUCGAAAGAGGAGAUUGCAAAGCAGUUCAUGUUGCCAGAGAGGAAGAGUAAAAUAGCAACUCUAUUAAAACAAGAUGGACAGGCAUACUGUAUCUGCCGAAGCUCUGACAGCUCGCGGUUUAUGAUUGGCUGUGAUGCUUGCGAGGAGUGGUACCAUGGUGAUUGUAUAAAUAUCACGGAGAAAGAAGCCAAACACAUCAAACAGUUCUUCUGUGUUAGAUGUAGAGAAGAGGAUCCCACUUUAGUAACCAGAUAUAAAGUUAAAAAAAUCGAGAGAACAGAAAAAACUGAUCAGGAGGACAGGAAACACAAAAAAAACAAGGAAAAAGAAAAGUCUUUCAAGUAUGAUUAUGACAGUCAUUGGGAUCUAUCAGGUACUAAAAAGUCGCCAAAAAAAUGCGGAGAUUGCUCUGGCUGUGUGAGAACGGAUAAUUGUGGAAGAUGUGAUGCUUGCAGGCAUCUUAAGAAGCAUGGUCCAUCAGUUCGUUUGAAAUUAAGAUGCGAUCUGAGAACAUGUAGAGUACUUGGAGAUCCGCUUAAACCUUCCAAAAGUUUCAAUCGCAACACAAAGUUGAACAAAAAAAGAAGAGGAGACUCUAGUGAGAGACUAGACUAUCUUGAACCUCCGAGGCACUGUUACGGGCCGUCAUGCACCAAACAGUCUAGACCUGGAAGCAAAUACUGCUCGGAAGAGUGUGGCAUAAAAUUAGCUACAAGUAGAAUUUAUCAAGUGCUCCCUCAGAGACUGCAAGAGUGGGCACUUACGCCUUGUAUCGCUGAGCAAAAUAACAAAAUAGCUUUGGAUAACGUUAGAAGGCAGCAACAGGAUGUAAAGAGAAUUCUCCAGGAGUUGGAUAAGAGACAUUCCGAGCUGGAUAAGAUUGUAGAACGUGCUAAGCAUGCUGCUGUAGAGUCUAAGGCUGAAGUUGACGAUAACGACGAUAAUGAGAUGAGCAUGUACUGUAUUACUUGCGGCCAUGAAAUUAGUUCUAAAACUGCAAUCAAGCAUAUGGAAAAGUGUUUCAAUAAGUACGAGUCUCAAGCGUCAUUUGGGUCCAUAUUCAAAACCCGAAUCGAGGGCCAGGUCAUGUUUUGUGAUUAUUUCAACCCAAUCAAUCACACGUAUUGUAAAAGAUUGCGAGUUCUCUGUCCAGAACACUGUAAAGAUCCGAAAAUCAGCGAUACAGAAGUUUGUGGCUGCCCACUUGUAACAAACGUCUUUGAUGCGACUGGUGAAUUUUGCAGGGCUCCUAAAAAGAGCUGUGUGAAACACUAUGUUUGGGAAAAGCUAAGCAGAGCGGAAAUUGAUAUGGAGCGUGUGAGGCAGUGGAUAAAAGUUGACGAACUAGUCGAGCAGGAAAGACAAAUAAGAACAAAUAUGGCUGCUAGAGCUGGUGUGCUUGCUUUAUUGCUACAUUCAACGUAUAACCAUGAAAUCAUGGAGCAAAUUAGCCAAGAACAAAAUAUAGAACGAAUCAAGCAAAUGGAGGAAGAGCUUCAAAGAUACAGUAUGCAGUUGCAAUUGGAACAAAAUAAAGGACAGUUAUGAGGUUAAAUUUACAAUGUCGGUCAAGCAUCAAGUUUUAGUUGAAUGGUUUUAUUUAAUUUUUUCUUCUUCAAAGUUUAAUCAGAUAAGUAAACUUAAUUUCUAAUUUUCAUGUAUGUACAUUUACAAU